AUGACGACCACCAACCCUCCCAACAACACGCUUUACGUGCGCAAUCUCGAGGAGCGCAUCAAGAUCCCCGAGCUGACAUCCGCGCUCUCCGAAAUCUUCAGUGAAUACGGCACCAUCAUCGACAUCGUCGCCAAGAAGUCGCUCAAACGCAGGGGUCAGGCCUUCAUCGUCUUCGACUCGCCCGAUGCCGCCCAGCGCGCCCUCGAGGAGGUGCAGGGCUUCGACCUGUUCGAUAAGCCCAUGCAGUUGGACUACGCCCGGACGCGGAGCGAUGCGACAGUGAAGGUGGAGGGGACUGAAGAGGAGCUUGAGGUGCAUAAGAGGAGGAGACUGGCUGAGAAGGAGCGCAAGCAAGCUCUCGCCGCCGCCGAGGAACAGAAGAAGCUCAAGCGGCCCGCAGCCGGUGCCCCCGAGCCGGUCGCCGCCCGUCCCGCCAAAACAACCCGCGGUGCCGGCCUCAAGUCUACCGGCGGCGCCGCAGCCGUCAUUCCGGACGAGUACCUUCCGCCCAACAAGAUUCUGUUCGUGCAGAACUUGCCUGAAAACUACGACGUCGAUGCGCUGUCAGCUAUCUUCAGCCGCUUCGAGGGGUUCAGGGAAGUGCGGCUUGUGCCUGGAAGGAAAGGUAUCGCGUUCGUGGAGUACGAGGCUGAGACGGGAGCGAUUAGCGCCAAGGAGAGCACGGCGGGGAUGACACUUGGUGAUGAGGGGAAGCUGAUCAAAGUGACGUACCAGAGGCAGUGA